AUGUCACAAAUUUCAUUCAAAUUAAAUCUUGAUAAAAUAAAAGUUCUUUUAAAGCAUCUCAAUAAUCCACAUCAUCGAUUAUCUGCAAUUCAUAUUUCUGGUACAAAUGGCAAAGGUUCUACUUCUGCUUAUAUAGAUUCUAUUCUUUUAAAAACAAAUUUUAAAACUGGUAGAUUAAAUACCCCUCAUCUUCUUGAACCUCGUGACUCUAUAAAGAUAAAUGAUGAAUCAAUUACGAGAGAGGAUUAUCGAAGAACUUAUAACUUUAUCUCUACUAUUAAUUCUAACAAUAAUAUUAAUGCAAGUUUAUAUGAGAAAUUGGUUGCUACUGCUUAUUGGUGGUUUGAUGCUCAAAAUGUAGAUGUAUCCAUUGUUGAAGUAGGAAUCGGUGGUCGAUUAGAUGCUACAAAUGUUUUUGAAAAACCUUUAAUUAGUGUAAUUACUUCUAUUGGAAUGGACCAUGAAACAUUUUUAGGAAAUAGCAUUGAAGCUAUUUCAAAAGAAAAAGCAGGUAUUAUUAAAUCUGGUUGUAAAGUUGUGAUUGCACCUCAAAUUGAAGAGGCGUCAUUGAAUACUUUGAAAACUUGUAUUAAAGAAGUUGGUUGUUCCCAUUCAAUUUUUGUUACCCCUGCAAAAUGGAAUCCACAAAAGAAAGGUUUGGCUUCAUUAAAACUUUUAGACGGUACACUUAUUGAAUUUUAUAUACCACUUGGGGGUGAUUAUCAAUUAGAUAAUGCAACUACAGCAAUUACAGUUAUAGAUUUAUUGCGAAAGACUGAAACUAAAUUCUCUAACAUCACCAAUGAAAAUAUAAAAGAUGGAAUAGCAUCUACGUCAUGGCCGGGAAGACUACAAUUUGUAAAUGUUUCAUCUAUCUUGAAUAGACCUGUAACAAAUGUAACAAAACAAUUGUUAGUGGAUGGAGCUCAUAAUCCUCAAGGAGCAAAAUCACUCCGAGAAUUUGUUGACAAACUUUUACAAGAUAAAGAGUUUGCCAAAGUUCCCAAAGUUCAUUGGAUUUACGCUGCUAGUAAAGAAAAGAAUGUAUUAAAAUGUCUUGAUGCAUUAGUAAAAGAUGGUGAUACUUUAAUUGCGGUUGAAUUUUCUAAAGUUGAAGACAUGCCAUGGGUUAAUUGUUGUAAAAAAGAAGAAAUUGUUUUAUUAGUGAAGAAAUUAAAUCGUAAAUCAGAUAUAAAUAUAGCAGAAAAUCUUGUUGAAGCGAUAAAGCAAGCAUAUGAUAAAUCUGAGAAAGAAGAUGGAAUGAUUGUUUUAUGUGGAAGUUUAUAUUUGAUUGCGGAUUUGUUUAGAUUACUUGUAUAA